ACCGCGACAAACAAGAUGGCGGCCGCCGGGAGCGAUCCCCCGGGGCCGAGGCCUUCCUCUCUGCAGAGCCGCGCACGAGCCGGAGGCCGGUCCACGCUGCUGCGCUCAGAAAAAGAGCGUCAGUCUUGCAGGUCUUCCUUUCCCAUGGGGCAGAGGCCGGAAGGUACUCUCCACAAAGCCUCCUCCUACCUGCUCCAGCAGCUCAUUCACCGCUCUCGGGAGUCGGACGCGGGCGGAGAGGAAUACGGGGACGACUGCGAGGGCGAGGCGGAGUCCGAGGAGUCCUCAGAGUCCGAGAUGCUGAAUUUGGAGGAGGAAUUUGAUGGGGUCCUGAGAGAGGAGGUCGUGGCCAAUGCCCUUCACCAGUUGGGGCGCUCAGGCUCUGGUACUGAGCAGGUCUACCUCAAUCUAGUUUUAUCAAAUUGUGACUUAAUUGACAUUAGCAUUCUCUGUGAAUAUGUUCACCUACAGAAGUUGGAUCUUUCAGUCAAUAAAAUUGAAGAUUUGUCUUGUGUGAGUUAUAUGCCUUACCUUCUAGAACUUAAUGCUUCGCACAAUAAGCUGACGACGUUCUUCAAUUUCAAGCCACCCAAGAAUCUCAAGAAGGUGGAUUUUUCCUACAAUCAAAUUUCUGAAAUGCGUGAUUUGUCGGCAUACCAGGCUCUCACUAAACUAAUUUUGGACAACAAUGAAAUAGAGGAGAUCAGUGGGCUAGAACUGUGUAGUGGCCUGACACACCUGAGUCUGGCCAAGAACAGGAUCACGACGAUUAACGGCUUAGGCAUACUACCCAUCAAAAUUCUUUGUCUGAGCAAUAACCAGAUUGAGAAGAUCACAGGUUUGGAGGACCUAAAAGCCCUGCAGAUCGUGGAUCUGUCCCAUAAUCAGAUCAGUAGCCUCCAGGGCUUAGAGAACCAUGACUUCCUGGAAGUGAUCAACCUGGAGGAUAAUAAGAUUGCUGAGCUGGGUGAAAUAGAAUACAUUGAAAAUCUACCUCUCCUUCGGGUUCUCAAUUUUCUAAGAAAUCCAAUUCAGGAAAAAGCUGAAUAUUGGUUCUUCGUGAUUUUUAUGCUCCUACGAUUAACAGAAUUAGAUCAGAAGAAAAUCAAAGUGGAAGAAAAGGUCGCAGCAGUGAAUAGAUACGACCCUCCCCCAGAAGUGGUCGCAGCCCAGGAUCACCUGACCCAUGUCGUCAACAGUGUGAUGCAGCCACAGAGGAUCUUUGACAGCACGCUUCCUCGUCUGGAUGCCCCUUACCCCAUGUUGGUGCUAGCUGGGCCUGAAGCCUGUGGCAAACGAGAACUUGCUCACCGCCUCUGCAGACAGUUUAGCACAUACUUCAGAUAUGGGGCCUGUCACACCACAAGACCACCUUACUUUGGAGAAGGGGAUCGAGUCGAUUAUCACUUUAUCUCUCAGGAAGUUUUUGAUGAAAUGCUAAACAUGGGGAAGUUCAUUCUAACAUUCACUUAUGGUCGUCACAACUACGGGUUAAAUAGGGACACCAUUGAAGGUAUCGCAAGAGAUGGUUUAGCAAGCUGUAUUCACAUGGAAAUAGAAGGUGUAAGAAGUUUGAAAUGUUCCUAUUUUGAACCUCGAUAUAUCCUGGUGGUACCCACGGACAAGGAAAAAUAUGAGGGAUAUUUGCGGAGAAAAGGAUUAUUCAGUCGUGUAGAGAUUGAAUUUGCUGUCUCCAGAGUGGACCUUUAUAUUAAAAUCAAUCAGAAAUUUCCAGGAUAUUUUGAUGCAAUCAUCAAUGCAGAUGAUCUGGAAGUUGCCUACCAAAAGCUGAGUCAACUCAUCAGAGAAUACCUUGGAUUAUCUGAGGAAACAUCGAAGAAUUUGGCUCCAACUGCAGCAGGAGCUCCUUCUAGCAAGAAGACCACCUCCGGGGUGCCAGCACACCUGGUCCCAUCCCCAAGGCGCUUGGCAAAACUGCAAGCAGAUGGCCAGAUAACAGAACGUCUCUCUGGAAUGCAGAUUCAAGCACAGGUCCCUGAAAACCAGAACCUAGCCCCCUUCCAGAACCAAGAGCUGACUCAGGGAGCAACCCAUCAAGAAGAAUGUUCUCCCAGUAGCCAUGUCAGUGCUGAGCCUCCUCCACAGCCCAGCUCAUCAGCACUUGGUGUUUCCCAGCAGGCUCAGGACUUAUCCCCAAACCAGAAGGAAGAGGAUGUUCAACAAUCAGAUCUUUCUUCAGAAAUACUAACGACAAAUGUCCCUGAAAAUGAGUCCAUGACAUCUGAGGCGAAAGCAGAUAUUAAGAUACCUCAGCUGAAAUCUGAAGAGCCUUCUAGGAAGCUCACCACUUGGACUUUGUGUGAUUUGCUGGAGUCUACAGACAGAAACUACUUUGUGAAAUUAUGGGCCAAACUUGCAGCCAAAAAAACCCCAGUGGAAAGAGAUUCUCUGGAGAGACAAUAUGAGACAGCCCGGCAGGCCCUGAUGGGAAAGAUACCUCCUCACCAUACCCUCCUAUUUCAAAGGGGUCCAGUGCCAGCCCCUAUUAUCAAUGGUCUACAUUAUUUUACAUCUUUAGAACUACAGAAAAGUUUUGAGCUUAGUGAAGAUUAUUUUAAAACUCUCAUUGGACCAUAUUCUGAGAAGAGUGGCAAGGAUCCCUGCAUCGUCAAGAGCUUUUCUACAAUAUUUCAUUCUUAUCCAUGGUCAAAAGAAAUGUCUUUUCAGCCUCCGGAGGGCAGUAUUUAUUCCCACCCAGGCUCAGGAGUGAGUGAGAGUGAGGCUGAGCAGACCCUAACAGAGCUAUGUAAACUGUCACAUCCAUGUGACAAAGGGACUGUCCAACACAGAAGACACACCAUCUCGGUCAUCAGCCACCCAGGUUUCAACACCAAACUCACCCUCCCUCCGAUCCCUCAGGGCCACAAGUAAACCAGUAGUUGACAUUUGGUCUUAACACACAAAACUUGUUCUGACCAUGUGAAUCCCUUUGUCUUAUCUGGCCCUAGGUCUUGUUUUCCACUCAAUCAACUACCUACAAAAGAACAUUCUCUAUGCCUUAAUUCUCUCAAUUUCUUUUGUGAUUCUCGAAGUGUCUUUUUAAAAUGCAAAUUAUUCUUAGUUUUUAGAAAUGUAAUUUUUUUUGUAGUUCUUAAUGAUUUUUCCAGCUGCUUCCUGCUCUUGAAAUAUCAGAUGGCAAACUCUCCCAAGAUCUCUGCAUUGCUGUGUGCAUAGUGAUUUUUGGAUAUAUCCAACUGGGAUUCUGCUUUGGAAAUUCCAGUGUGUCCAUUUAUAACAUUAGUGUGUACUCUAGGGGAUUGAAAUAUUUGGUCUUCUGAUAAUGAAAGGAUUGUAGAGUUCCAUUUAACUCAUGACCAACAGAAUAUUGACUGCAUCUCUCAAAGGGAAUUAAUGUAUUUUUUCAUUGUUCUUGACUUGUUGAGCGAUAUGAAGGAAUAAGAAUUAUCAGCUAUUUCUUUUAGUUCACCAUUUCCUGACUCUGAUUAUGUACUGCUUGUCAUUAGAAAUAUUUCUAAACAACUUUCUUCAUCUUUAUAGCUUCACUACCUAUUGUUGGCAGAAGAAAACAUUGGGUAGUUAUAGAUAAGGCUGGUAUUUGGCCGAUAUGGGCCAGUAAGACUAUCCUGGUUCUUAAAAAAACAUUGAAACAACACAUCUCUUUGGAUUGGUAGAUGGUCUCAUCUCUGAAUCUUCUGGGCAUGAUGAUUCAUGGGAACAGGAGCCUUCAUAUAGAACUGUACUAAUUGUUAAAUAUUUAAAAUAUCAAAACCCUCUAAUGACUUCCCUUUUAAAAAUAUUAAACCCCCCUUUAAUAACCCUUUUUCCCAUGCUUAAAUUUGAAUGUAACAUGAUUUGCUGUUGGCUUCUGUCUGCCACCCAGCCCUAUUAUCAACAGAAGCUACUUAAAGUUCUUUUCUUGGGGUUGGUGGGAGGGAUGGAAGGGGGCACUUGAAGGAAAGGACAAAGCUGAGCGAGAAAAGGGAGUUAGUCCUCUCUAAAGCAGUGAAGAGGCAGGGAGUGAAAUACACUUUAACACUCACUAGCAUAAUCUAAUCUUUUAAGAAGUUAUUAUGAAACGUUUCAGAAACACUAGAAGAUAUACAAGUAAUAGUUCCAACUUCAGACAACAUGGAGGAGAUGCACUUUUCCCUAUUUCUUCCACUAAGUACAGUCAAAUCCUAGAAAUUGUAUCUAAAACAAACAUAAGAAGAUUGAGAGGUGGAAGGAAGAAGGCAGGCUAGCUGGGGACCUUGGGACCCAAGUAACAGCAGAGCAAUGAGUUCCCUGGGUAUCUUUUUUGGCUCAAAUAUCCCGAACUGGGGGCCAGAGAAACUACAACCCCAAAACAUUAAUGCUAGAGACCACAAAAGCUACAGCAAAAAGCUGCUCUCUUUGGCUAAAGGACUCGGAAAGGGAUAGCUUUGUAAGACAGAAAACUUUUAGACAGUAACAGCCUACUUUAGUCAAACACUAUGGAUAAAACUGUGGCCCUACCCUGUCAACAGAGGCUUUUCUGGCUAUAAGGAGGUUCCUGUCGUUCUCCCUUCUGGGAUAGUGUCAGAGAAGUUCUUGUGGAGAGCCAGGAGCUGCAACGCUACCCAAUAUCAGUGAAACCGCCCCCUACAUACACAGUAUCAUUGAAGGCUUGUAGGGACCUGGACUUCCAUUCCCUACUCGAUAGUACUGAGGCACUCCUUUCCCUUCCCAUCAGGGUAGUGUUGGAGAAGGUCUUGUGGAGAUCCAGGACUUUCACCACUGACCUAUCUUCUUGCAGUGUCAGUGGAGGCCAUGUGGGGAACAGAAAAUUUUAAUAAGAUCCAGAUUCUCGUAACAUAAUAUCCAAAAUGUCCAAGAUAUAGUUAAAAUACAAGAAAAAUAAAACUCAUCAAGAAUCAGAAAAACUUCAAAUUUAAUGAGAAAGAUAACAUAUGCCAAUGCCAAGGUGAAACAGAUAUUGGAAUGAUUGGACAGAUUUUGAAAUAGCUAUCAUGUAACUGCUUCAAGAAGCAAUUAUAAACAUGACUGAAAAAAAAAUGAAAAAGGCAGACAAUCUCAGCCAAAAAAAAAAAAAGAAAGAAAGAAAAUCUUAGCAAGUAAAUGGAAGACAUAAAGAAGAAAAAAAUGAAAAUUUUAUAUCUGAACAAGACAGUAGCUCAUUGGAUGGACUCAGCAGUAAAAUAGGACAGAGGAGGGGAAAGUCGGUGAACUUGAAGAUAGAGUAAUUAAAAUUACCCAGUCUGAACAAGAGAAAGAAAAUAGACUGAAAGAGAAAAUCAGCUUCAGGAACAUGUGGGACUAUAUGAAAAGAUCUAAUGCUUAUGUCAUUAGCAAUCCAGGAGAGCAAAAAAGAGUAUGGGGCUGAAAAAGUAUUCAAACAAAUAAUGACCAAAAAUUCAGCAAAAGCCAAAAAUCUACAAAUUCAAGAAGAUGAUGAAACCCAGACAGGAUGAACACAGAUAAAUUUGCAACAAGACACUUCAUAAUCAAACUUUUGAAAACUAAAAACAAAGAAAAAUAUCUUAAAGCAAUGAGAGAGAAUGUAUCUUAAUUAUAGGGAAAUAAUUAUGAGAGUGGAUUUCUCAUCAGAAAUCAUGGUACCACCAGAAACCAUGGAAGUAGAUCAACAUUUUCUAGUGUUAAAAGAAAAAAAGCCUGUUAUUCUAGAAUUCUGUAUUCAAUGAAAAUACCCUUCAGGAAUGAAGGAGAAAUCAAGACAUUCUCAAGUGAAAGGAAAACGAAGAAACCAUGCUGCCAGCAGAUCUAUAUCCUAAAGGAAUGGCUAGAGAAAAUUCUUAAAACAGAAUCAAAAUGAUAAAAGAAGGAAAUUUGGAAACAAGAAGGAAAAAAGGAACAAUAAAGUAAAAACAUGGGUAAAUACACUAGAAGUACCUUCUCAUCUUGAGUUUUCUAAAUUUGGUUUGACAGUUGGGGAAAAAUGAUGACAUCUAAUGUGAUUCUCAAUAUAUGUAGAAGGUAUGGAUAAUUAAGGAAAGUAUAUUAUAAGCAAGAGUAAAGGGACUUAGAGUGAGGUAAACUUACAUUUCUCUUGAACUGUUAAAAUGUUAACAGUGGUAGACUGUGAUAAGUCACAUGAAUAAUGUAAUACCUAGAACACCACUAACAAAGCUACUUUGUGAGGUACAUUCAAGAAGCAUUUGAAUAAAUAGGUAGAUAAAUAAAAAUGGAAUUUUAAAAACAUUUCAGUGGCACAUGAGAAGGCAGGAAAAAGAAAAUUGAGAACAGAGAACAAAACAAAAAAACAAAAGCAGCCUUAAGGCCUUAUAUAACAAAAACGUUGGACUAAAUGGUCUAAACACACCAAUUAAAGGCAGAGGUUGGCAGAAUAGAUUUUAAAACCUGACCCAAUUAGAUACUAUCUAUAAGAAACUCACUUGAAAUUUAACAAGAUAGGGUGGUUGAAAGUAAAAGGAUAGAAACGUUUUUGUAUAUAUCAUGCAAAGAUUAAUCAAAAGGAAGUAAGAGUGAUGAUAUUAGUAUCAGAUAAAGUAGGCUUCAGUGCAAAAUUUUUGACAAAAGACAGAGGUAUAUUAUAUAACAAUGAGAGAAACCUCAACAAAUUUAAAGAAUUGAAAUCAUGCAGCGUCUGACCACAACAGAAUCAAACUAGAAUAACAGGAAGAUAAGAGAAAAAUUACAAACAUCUGGAAACAAAUGGCACACUCCUAUAUAACCCAUGGGUCUAUGAGAAACUCUCAAGGAAAUAUAAAAAUACAUCAAACUAAAUGAAAAUGAGAAAACACCGUAUCAAAAUUUGUGUGAUGCAGCUAAGCUGGUGCUGAAAGGGAAAUGUAUAACACUAAAUGCAUACAUUAGAAAAGCAGAGGAUUUUUAAAUCAAGAAGCUCCUACCUCAGGAAUCUAGGAAAAGAGCAAAAUAAACCCAAAGUAAGCAGGAGGAAAUAAUGAAGGUAAGAGCAGAAAUCAUUGAAAAUGAAAACAAAAACAAUAGAGAAAAAUUUACAAAACACAAAAGCUGGUUCUUUGAAGAUCAGUAAAAUUGCCAACCCCUCUCUUGAAAAACUGAGAAAGAAAAAAGAGAAGACAUAAAUUAUCAAUAUUGGGUGUGAAAUGGGAUGAGACCACAGACUUUUCAGACCUCAAAAGGCAGUAAGAGAAUACUACAAACAACUCUACA